UCGGCGCUCUGAUUGGCUGCAGGGCAUCGGCCCACCGCGCCCCGCGAGGUCUGCCGAGGCGCCUUAGCCGCGGCCGGGGUUUGGGACCUGGGGCGGGAGUGGCGACAGCGAGUAACGCGGCCGCGGUCAUGACGGAGGGCACGUGCCUGCGUCGCCGGGGCGGCCCCCACAAGACGGAGCCGGCGACCGACCUCCGCCGCUGGCGCCUGCGCAGCGAGCGCGGCCGGCAGACGUGGACGUACCUGGCGCCGGAGGAGGAGCCGGGCCGCGGGCCCACGGCGCUGGAGGCGCACUCGCUGGGGCUGGACCCCGGGAGUCACUUCAAGGCCUUGCCCAAAGCGGACACCGCCCGGGCAGCGGCUCUGAACGGGAUCGCGUUCUACGUGGGGCUGCAGGCCGAGGACGGGCACUGGGCGGGGGACUACGGCGGCCCGCUCUUCCUCCUGCCGGGCCUCCUGAUCACCUGCUACGUGGCCCAGAUCCCCUUGCCCGCGGGCUGUAGAGAAGAGAUGGUGCGGUACCUGCGGUCGGUGCAGCUCCCUGAUGGCGGCUGGGGCCUGCACGUGGAGGGCAAGUCCACGGUGUUCGGGACUGCACUCAACUACGUGUCUCUGAGAAUCCUGGGUGUCGGGCCUGAUGAUCCUGACUUGGUACGAGCCCGGAACCUUCUUCACAAGAAAGGUGGAGCUCUGCUCAUCCCUUCCUGGGGGAAGUUCUGGUUGGCUGUGCUGAACGUUUACAGCUGGGAAGGCCUCAACACUCUGUUCCCGGAGAUGUGGCUGUUUCCUAACUGGGUCCCCGCGCACCCCUCCACGCUCUGGUGCCAUUGCCGACAGGUCUACCUGCCCAUGAGCUACUGCUACGCCGUCCGGCUGAGCGCGAAGGAGGACCCACUGAUCCGGAGCCUCCGCCAGGAGCUCUACGUGGAGGACUACGCAGGCAUCGACUGGCCGGCACACAGGAGCAGCGUGGCCCCCGAGGAGCUGUACACACCGCACAGCUGGCUGCUCCGUGUGGUGUACGCAUUACUCAACCUGUAUGAGCGCUACCACAGCACCAGCGUGCGGCAGCGGGCCAUCCAGAAGCUGUACGAGCACAUCGUGGCAGACGACCGCUUCUCCAAGUGCCUCAGCAUUGGCCCGAUCUCGAAAACCAUCAACAUGCUUGUGCGCUGGUAUGUGGAUGGGCCGGCCUCCUCCAUCUUCCAGGAGCACAUCUCCAGGAUUCCUGAUUACCUAUGGCUGGGUCUCGAUGGCAUGAAAAUGCAGGGCACCAACGGCUCGCAGGUGUGGGACACCUCAUUUGCCAUCCAGGCUCUGUUGGAGGCGGGAGCACAGCACAGGCCCGAGUUUUCGUCUCCUCUGCAGCAGGCACACGAGUUUCUCCGACUUUCACAGGUCCCAGACAGCCCUCCUGACUACCAGAAGUACUACCGCCAGAUGAGCAAGGGGGGCUUCCCUUUCAGCACGCUGGACUGCGGCUGGACGGUUGCCGACUGCACCGCUGAGGCCUUGAAGUCCGUCCUCCUCCUGCAGGAAAAGUGUCCCUUUGUCACCAAGCACGUCACGCGCGAGCGGCUGUGUGACGCCGUUGCUGUGUUGCUGAACAUGAGGAAUUCUGAUGGAGGGUUUGCCACCUAUGAGACUAAGCGUGGGGGGCACUUGCUGGAGCUGCUGAACCCCUCAGAGGUCUUUGGGGACAUCAUGAUUGACUACACAUAUGUGGAGUGCACCUCGGCCGUGAUGCAGGCACUGAAGCUUUUCCAUGAGCGUUUCCCAGACCACAGGGCCGAGGAGGUCAGGGAGACGCUCGAGCAGGGCCUGGAAUUCUGUCGGCAGAAGCAGCGGGCCGAUGGCUCCUGGGAAGGCUCCUGGGGGGUCUGCUUCACCUACGGCACCUGGUUUGGGCUGGAAGCUUUCGCCUGCGUGGGGCAGACUUACCGCAGCGGGGCUGUGUGUGCGGCAGUCUCCCAGGCCUGCGACUUCCUGCUCUCCAGGCAGAUGGCAGACGGCGGCUGGGGGGAGGACUUCGAGUCCUGCGAGCAGCGGCGCUACGUGCAGAGCGCCACGUCUCAGAUCCAUAACACGUGCUGGGCCCUGAUGGGGCUGAUGGCCGUCAGGCACCCCUGCGUGGAGGCCCUGGAGAGAGGAGUCAGCUGUCUGCUUCGGAAGCAGCUCCCCAGUGGCGACUGGCCCCAGGAGAACAUCGCUGGCGUCUUCAACAAGUCCUGUGCAAUCAACUACACGAGCUACAGGAACGUCUUCCCCAUCUGGGCCCUUGGCCGCUUCUCCCGCCUGUACCCCGAGAGUGCCCUCGCCGGCCAGCCUUGAGGGCGCCCGGUGGGCGGGUGGGGGUGGGGG